UAAUGUUAAAAAAAAAACUAACAAAAAAUAGAUGAAUAAAAUGUGUUGUACCGCCCCGACUACUAAAAUCCACCGGAGAAGGCUUGAUGAGCCAGAGAUACCGGUACGUCUAACCGGGAUAGUCUGAGUGGUGAAGAGGUACCGGCACGCCUGGCGGCAAAUAUUCUCCAGAGGUUCCACCGGAGUUAGUUUGAGUUGUGUACGGAGCCGGCAUACAUCUGGAAACUCCGCAAAUUCGAAUAUUCCCGCCAUACACUUCCAUUUUCCUAUAGAAUGACUAAAUCUAAGCUGUGUGGGGGAUGCGGAAAGAAGAUAGUCUCAAAACAUCUUCUAAUGGCACUAGAUAUGUACUGGCAUGAAGACUGCCUGAAAUGUGGCUGUUGUGACUGUAGACUAGGGGAGGUUGGUCACUCCCUUUAUACCAAGGGAAACCUAAUUCUCUGUAAAAGAGAUUAUCUUCGUCUUUUUGGGUCUACUGGGUACUGUGCAGCUUGUAAUAAGGGUGUACCAGCUUUUGAAAUGGUAAUGCGAGCAGGAUCUAAUGUGUAUCAUCUGGAAUGUUUUGCAUGUCAACAAUGUGAAUAUAGGUUUUGUGUUGGCGAGGCGUUUUAUCUUAUAAACAAUAGAAUAAUGUGUAAACCAGACCAUGACGCCAUUUUGGGAAAUGACGGAAAAAGACCCCUGGUGGAAAUUACAGGAAACAUCACGCCAAACCAAACCUUGGACUAUGAAUGGGGAGAAUAUACUAAACAGCUAAAAGAUCGGAAAAUGUUUUCUAAUGAGUGUCUUGCGUAGCUGAAGAAUUGAAAUAAAUUUUUGUGAUAAUUAAAUAAGAUUUGUACAUACUUUUCAUGAUUUGUAUCUUUGUAAUUACCGAACAUAGAGUUCGUUGAAAAUAAAGUUUUUUAAAACA